GAUUAUGGACGUCAGUUGCGGAGGGGGUUCUUUUGUUUGUCCACUGGAGGCUGCUUUGACCCACAAAUCAUUGUCUGCACUUCGGGAGGCUGUCUCACAUAUCAGCAUGCGACGAAGCCUGUCAAGGCCUUUCACUGUGCUGGUUGUAAGCGAGUCCUGCGUGGCAUCAAGCCUGCCCGUCCCUGUGAGCUGUACCGCAUGAGCAAGCGACUCAAGACUGUCAACAGAGCCCAUGGUGGUUAGUACUUCUUAUUUACACAAGUGCAAAUAGUGAGUACACAUGUGAACGAGCUGUUGUGUGCUAGAAAGUUAACAGAAGCU